AUGGUGAGCCGUUUCUUCAGUGCUAUCGGGGAGGUGCUGGCCCCCACCCUCCAGACGCCUCUCGAAGAUUUUCGACUGCACUGGCGCGCCAUCAAGCACUUCUACAUCGACGACAAAGAUGACGUGGAGGGCGAGGGCAUACCGGAGCACCUCAACCACAUGAUCCAGAUCCUGCUGGAGGAGGCCGACGCGAUGGACGGCGGGCGGCGAGGGACCGGCCCGUGCCUGGAGUUCUUCCUGCAGGAGCGCAUAUUGCCCAUCCUGUGCCAUCUGGGCGAGACCGACCGACCACCCGGGAUGCGCGGAUACGUGCUGGUGGGUGUGAGCACGGUGGUGCGAAACAUGCCCGGCGGGCUGCUGUUCAACAUGCACGUGCACGAACCCAUCCGUCGCCUGCUCGCUACCGCCGCCACCUCCAACGAUCACGCGGAGGUCAUCUCGCUGGCUCACGCCGUCGUGGUCAACAUCAGCAAAGAGAAGGUCGGUGGCGGCCUCGGCACCCUCUUCCUGCACCCACCAGAUGCGAAGGAACCCGAAUUCGUGCUGCUGGCGGCCCUGCUGCCGCGCAUCGAGCUGCCCGGGUUCGACGGCGAGCAGGCGCGGCAGGCGCUUGUCCAGAUCGUGGCGGAGCUGCGACAGGAGCUGUUGCGCGUAUUCGAGGAUGAGUUCGUGUUGGCAGUCCUCGGACCUGCCUUGCUACAGCCGAAUGACGCGGAGCUGGCGGUGAGCACGCGAUACGUGGGUCAUAUCAUCGACCACACCGAACCACCCCUGUUGCACGCCCUCUUGAACUCCAUCUUUCCGAUUGGCAAGUCUAGCGUGGAGGAGAGCAUGGGCAUCCUGGCCGCUUCGAUUACAACGCGCGUGGCGGCAGCCAACGAGGACGUGCGCCAUUCCGACCUCCAGCUCAUCGACAACGCGCUCAACCAGGCCCUCACGCUCCUCGUCUGCCCCUCGUCGUCCGCCCUCAUGACGGCCAGCAAUGGAGAAUCGAAGGAGGCGAGCGACCCAGGAGUAGAGGCGGCCCGGGCCUAUUUGGCACUCUUCCCCGCACGCGACGCCACGCCCACAGGCUACGAGGGAUAUCUGGCGGAUGCACACCACGCGCUGUCGCGUCCGUCGGCGCCCACGUCGCCCUCCACGCUGAGCUCGUCGUCGGCCUCGCUGCCGGGCCUCUACAGCGGCGAGCCCCUCGUGCAGGCCCUGUGGCAGCAGGUCGGCUCCUUCCUCGACCAGUCGCUCGACACCAACCUCGUCCUCACCUCGGCCAUCGGCAAGAUGGCGGUCCACCCGCACCCGGCCCGGUGCGCCGAGCUGGGCCUGCUGGGCAGCUACCAGGACGCGCUGUCGCUCCUCCGAGCACGCAUGCUCGGCGGCGGCGGCGAGCCCGAGCCCAAGCGCAACGGCACGGUACUGGCGACGCCACACGUCGAGGGCUUCCUCCAGGCGCUCCUGCUGCUCCAGGAAUUCCAGAAGGAGAUCGCCGCCAUCAUGCACGCCUCGGCGCUCGUAGGCCACCAUCAUCACCUCGCUUCACCAUCUUCAUCUUUAUCUCCAUCUUCUCCUUCCUCCACCACCGCAUCACCCUCGACAUCAAGGGCCGCCGCCUCUUCUUGA